AUGCUCAGACGUCAUGGCAGUCCGGCCAGCACUGCGCGUUCAUUGCGCCGGCUGUACUCAAAAUCCCUUGGUUCGACGUCAAAGCGUCCAGCAGCCGCUAUGCUCGGGGGAACGCUUGUUCUGGUUUCCGCUGCUGUGCUCGGAGCGCACAAUCUCCGUCCACUGAUGAUUCAUAAUGAUGCUGUCCCAUCUGGUGACCUGGCAGAUAAAACCAAAACGCUUCAAGAGGCAUCUAGGAUUCCGAAGGUGGAAGAAACAGAUGGGAAGCUUCGACUUCUGGCAUGGGGCUCCAAUAAAUCGCAUAUUAUUUCACCAGACUCUUCAAUCGACUCAAUCCGCACGCCGGUCGCUGCAUCUUUUCUGGAGAAUUCUGCCCUUCGUGAUUUGGCCCUCCAUUCCAGCCAUGCGGCGUGCGUUGAUGCUCGAGGUGAUGUGUACCAAUGGGGAGACGGAUUCUUUGGACCUUCGACAUCGGCGUCGGGCACGAAAGAUAGGGGGCCGACGCUGACCUUGAAGGGAAAGAACAUCAAGUCUUUACAAGUGACGGAAUCGCGCGUUUAUGCUCUGUCAGCGUCUGGCAAAUUAUACGUGUUAUCUGCCCAAGCAGCUGCACAAAGCUUAUCACCGGGUACGCCGACACCCUCGAGCUCGCCGUGGUGGGGUACAGGCUGGAUGUGGGGUGAAGAUGUGAGCAUAGACUUUGCCGAGGUCGCACCAGCACACAAGCUCGCCUGGGGAGAGAAGCAAGUCACCCUAUUUUGCUCAGAUCCUAAGCGCACGUUUAUCUCGAUUGCAGCGGGCCGUGACCACCUCCUUGCGCUGACGUCUUCUGGACGCACCUUCGCACACCCGAUCACUAAGAACGCAAACACGUACGGCCAGCUUGGUUUCCGCAAGUUCGAUAUCUCAAACCCCUCUUCUGCUAUCCACCCGCCUUCCUCACGACUCCACGUCGAGCUCACGCCCAAGGCGGUCAUCGACCCGUACAGAAAUCGAUCGCGGCAUGUGCGCGAGUCUUCAUCUUCAUCGCCUCCUGCGGUCAGCGCCCCUCUUCUCCCCAUAUCAGAAAAUUUGGUCGGCGUGGACGAUCAAAAUAUCAGGUUCUGCGACCGACUGUUCGAGAUUCCUUCUCUUAGGGGCGUCCAGGUUGAUCAAAUUGCUGCUGGUGGGCGGAGCAGCUACGUAAAGACGACUACCGGCAGGGUGCUCGGCUGGGGCGCGAACGAAUAUGGCCAAAUUGGCCUGGGCGGUAAUGUUUCGCUCGACACCAUCACCGUACCGACGGAAGUCGUCCUGUGGAGAUCCACAGCAGGAGACACGCUCACAAAAUGCACUGACCUACAUGCGGGAGGCGACUUGGCAUUUUUCACGGUUGAACGCAGGGAUGGUACGAGCAUCCGCAACAUUGAUUUACUCUCGUGCGGCAAUGGUCAGUACGGGGGACUUGGCAAUGCACUUUUUAGCAACGCCCAAGGGGCCCCUUCCCGGACCAAAAGCGUCAGCGGCCUUUUGGAAUUCUCUGAGAAGACAAACAAUCUUCAGCCCAUUUCUCCUCAAUCGAUGUCUAUCUCUCCUGACGGACAUGUUUUGCUCACUCUCGACACCCUGUCGCAGUCGGGACCAGGUGGCGGCGGCCUGGACUUGUUCGUCUGGGGCACGAACUACGAAUAUCAGCUGGGCAACGGAAAGCGCACAAGCAUUGCCGUUCCUACUACCCUUUCCCUGCCCGACGGGAAUCGGUUCAUGCUGGUGAAGACAAGAGCGGCCGAGGUAAGAGAUGCGCGGGGGAAGGUGUGGAAGAAGGGCGUCGAAGUCGAGCAGGUCGCGGUCGCUGGACAGGGAAAUAGCGUGGUGUACUGGCGAAUCUGCUCAUAA